AUUGCAAAUUUGGCACUUGCAAUUGACCACAAGAAAGUCAGCAGGUUCAAUAUAUCCAGAUCUGAUGUAUGGGAUGGAGCUGUAAGAGGCUUUCGUUGCAGCUCAUACUCCGAAAAAAGUGAGAUCUUUGUGAAGUUCACAGAUGAUGCAGGGUCUUUAGAAGAAGGGUUAGACACAGGUGGGCCGAGGCAAGAAUUCCUCACACUUCUAAUGGAUCACCUGAGAAAUCGUCCCAUCUUCGAUGGACCUCAAGAAAGACGCUAUCUUGUGUACAAUCCCACAGCUGUCAGGGAAGAUGAGUAUUAUCUUGCAGGCAAGAUGAUUGCUGUGUCCGUCAUACACGGGGGACCAGCACCACAUUUCCUCUCAAAGGACCUUGUCAACCACAUUAUAGGGAAGCCAAGUUUCAGCGCCACUGUGGAAGAUGUAAAAGAUGAGGAUAUAGGGAGAGCUCUACAUCAGGUCCAGGAAGCCGAAUCGGAGGAGUCUUUGCAAAAUCUAAUUUUGCAAAACAGCACAAUGUUCCAAACAGCUGGAUGCUUCCGACCUGUCAAAGCUUGUGAGAAGCAUACACUUGUGGAGGAGUACCUCAAAUGGUACAUUAUAGACCGCAACCACAUUGCCAUUCAACGAUUCAAAGACGGACCGGCUAGUCUGGAGUUUUUGGCUUCAGUCCAGAAGCAUGCUGGUGUGCUGGCUCCUCUCCUAUGCUAUUCUGCCAAGGCCCUGACUGCUGCAGAAAUAGAACGUCUGUUCAUCCCAGGCUUCAGCACAAAGGGAAGCAACAGGUGGCAGAGAGAGACCAAAGUUAUCGGAUUUUGGGCUGAUUUUCUACUGGAAUGUGAAUGUGAAGGUAUUGGCACCGACCCCCGAGGGUGUGUUUCACACCUGGGGCAUCCUGCAGGGUUUUGUGUCUAG